CCUUGUAGACGUUCUCUUCUCGCAGUGAAAGGAAAUAUUAAUAACCAUAAAAAAUCUCCACAUAAUUUUGUCUUGAAGCCUUUCAACGCAUUUUAGGUCGGUCCCUUCAAUCACUCCCAACUGCGAUGCCCAAAAUGUACCCUUCUUUAUCUAAUAGUUGAGUUUCUUUUGUGCUCACGUUCGAAUCAUAACAAAGGAUUCGUGGAAAGGUUUUGGCUAACCUGAAUUUAGUGCUUGGAAUUUGUUGAGGCUAAACCAUGGACGGGUGCAACAAUAAUAUACAUGAGUUAUUGUAAAUUUAUGUCCUCCUCUGACUGUGAAUAGAAUCCAUCAAGAGAAUGUCUGAGUUUUGCUACCCAAGGACUCUUACUUUGUGGACGGGAGGCGGCUCUGGACUGAACUGAGACAUGAAACGUAGGCCUGACCUGCACCCCACAGAGCACCUGCUAUCGCCUAGUCCUAGUAUUCAUUAAAUAGGUGGUGGUCGGAGGCUGGUUGUGCUGGUGGUUUUGGGGCGGAUUAUGUCAGGUGUCCAUCUGAAAGAAAUAUCGAGAGCAACCUGUGCAAUUUUGGAAAGCACGAUGCCCAACACAAGAGCCCAAACUUUGGUCUACAACCUCAACGGGUCCAACGGUGCAGGUGAGACGUGCCUGACACAUCUUUCAGAGAACAGAAACCACUUGCCUCCCUUGAAAGUGGUGCAGGAAUCUCCGCUGGCGACGCCGCAAGACUCUCCCUUGACGACGCCCCAGCAGCCGCAGCAGCCGGCCGCGGCGAACGCCAACGCCAACGGGGAGGGUCCGGGUCAGCCUGCAGGUGUCCCCACAGUGCUGCCUGCACUUGCCCUGGCCAUCCACUACAAAAGCACCUCAGCACAAGAAGACCCAAACAGCCCGCAAACAGCUGCCAACAAGAAUGCUAACGCUGUUGUGAAGCCCAAGGCCAUUGCAGCAACACCGGACCAAGUUAUGAAACUGUAUAGAAACAAAUUGAUGCCAUAUGAACAUUAUGAAAUUUAUAACUACAAUGAAAUUUUCUUCAUCGGUGCAAAUGCUGAGAAAGUUGCGGGCAUUCCAGGUGCUCCUAAUAAUUGUGGAUACGAUAAUGAACAAGGUUCAUACAUUCAUGUUCCACACGACCACGUUGCCUACAGGUACGAGGUGUUAAAAGUUAUUGGCAAGGGUAGCUUUGGUCAGGUUGUCAAAGCUUAUGACCACAAAACUCAUGAACAUGUAGCUCUGAAGAUGGUUCGUAAUGAAAAGAGGUUUCAUCGUCAAGCGCAAGAGGAAGUAAGGAUUCUGGAAGACUUGAGGAAGCAAGACACAAACAAUACAAUGAACAUAAUUCACAUGUUCGAUCAUUUCACAUUCCGGAAUCAUAUGUGCAUUACAUUUGAGCUGCUUUCUAUUAAUUUAUAUGAACUCAUCAAGAAGAAUAAGUUUCAAGGCUUCAGUUUGCAACUAGUUCGCAAGUUUUGCUACUGCCUGCUGCAAUGCCUAGACGCCCUGUAUCAGAAUAAAAUUAUUCAUUGUGAUAUGAAACCAGAGAACAUCUUAUUAAAGCAACAGAGCCGCAGUGGAAUAAAGGUCAUUGAUUUUGGAUCAAGUUGCUACGAACCUCAACGUAUGUACACGUACAUACAGUCACGUUUCUACCGUGCCCCUGAAGUUAUUUUGGGGGCUCGAUAUGGGAUGCCCAUUGACAUGUGGAGCCUGGGGUGCAUUCUCGCUGAACUGCUCACUGGAAGUCCCUUGCUGCCUGGAGAAGAUGAAGGAGAUCAGCUCGCUUGCAUAAUGGAGCUUAGAGGUAUGCCUCCUGGGUCACUCAUGGAUGCAGGAAAGUACACCAAAAACUUCUUCAGCUCAAAGGGUUACCCACGUUACUGUUCUGUCACCCUCCACUCUGAUGGAACUGCUGUGUGUGGGGGUGGCAUGUCUAGGAGGGGGAAGCCUAGAGGGCCACCUGGCUCAAAGCAGUUAUACAUUGCUUUGAAAGGUCGUGGUGAUCAUCAGUUCAUGGACUUCUUGAGACGCUGUCUUGAAUGGGACCCAGAACAAAGAAUGACUCCCUACAGUGCUCUGCGGCAUGGAUGGCUCCGAAGACGCUUACCGAGGGCACCUGAUGAGAAAACAGAAUGUCAACCAUUGCGUACUUCUGCCUCAUCUUCUAGGAAUUCAGGCAAAACAAAUCCUUUAGGUAGCAGCUGCUUAUCAACUAACAAGAUAAGCUCUGAUGAUCGGGAGCGCGAUCGCUCGAGCACCAUGCAUUCCCGUCAUUCUCACCAGUCACAUCAAUCGACUAAAUUGCCUCAGAUUCCCAACAGCUCAUUCUCAUAACGAUGUGUGAUCUCGGAGAGGAUGCUUGCUGCUCCUACAUAGGUCUGUUUGUAUUAUAUUUAUAGCUAUAAAGUUUUAAGAAAGAUUUUAAACUUAAGAUCUGCGAUCUCAUGAAUACAAGUUGCUGGUGUGCAGGCUUCACAGGCUUGCCAGCAUACUAGCAAGCUUGGUUAUCUAUUUAAAGUAUAUGCUUAAAAGUGACAACAGUGAUUCAAUCUGUCUGGUUGAUCUUGCCUAUCAUAGAUUUAGUAUUACAUGUUUUCAAAUGACUUCGACAACUUGCAACAUUAGCAAGCAAAAUGUUGUAAUACAAUGCUGUGACACUUGCAAGUCAAAUCAAUUUGUUGUCAAAUUUUUGAUUCUUAUCAUAGUCAGCUUAUUGAAUUCUGUUUAAGAUUUUUAACAUUAGAAUGUCUGAAUUAAUUUUAUCACAAAUAUGUGCAAUGCUCCUAAGCCCAGCAAAUCUUUAAAAUUUUCCUGUUUUAAUGAGAUAAUUGCAGCAUUUUACUAAAGAAGCUUUAAAUUUGUUAUUACCAUUGAGCCUGUAAAUGACACUGUUUGCAAUACUUAGCAAAUAAUUGAAUGUGAUAAUGACCAACUUGCAUGUUUUUUGUUUUUUUAAAUUUCUUACAUGCUUGUAUUUGUUUUGUUUUAUGUGUUUUCACUGCCGUUUUACUAUUGUACAAAGCACAGUUGUUUCAUUUUUGACUUGACAUAUUCUGAUCGUGAGUUUUUAACCUGACAAAAUGUAAACCCAAUUUGAAGCUGUCUUGAAAUUUUUUGUAGUUCGAAGUUGUUUGUUUCAUGGGAUUCUUAAAAUAUGGCUGUUUUUGUGUGUUUGAAUGUUCCUACAUUAUACUUGUGUUUUUGAUUAUGUUGCAUAAUGUGUGCACAGUUCUCAAAAGUCUCCCAUCAGAAUUUUGUCAAAUAACGUGACUCGAUGUUCAACACUCUACAUCGACAAAAUCCAAUUGCUGUGCUGUUUCAAGUUCCAUGAUUGUUGCUUUUUUUCUUGAACUUCAUAAAUAGGACUUCAAAUUACUACAUAACUGUAGUGAAUCGUUGUCUCACCUUACUUAACAGCCACCUGUCUUUUAAGUUAUUUGAUGAGGUCAUCUGAUAAAUUUGGCUUGUGGGAUUUUAUGGCACAAUUCCUUUUAGUGAGGACUUUUUAUGACUUUAUGACAGUUUGUUUUACUUCCUUAAUAAGAUGAGCGUUCCAAAUUUUUACCAAUUUGUCUUUGUCCAAUAAAUUUCAAGAAAUUUUAUUUGGCCCUCAGCGGUUACAUUGCCUGUACUUCUUUAUUGUGAAUUUUCAUCCCUUUCUACUUAAGUUGUUUUGUUACAUAUCCUGAAAAAUUAAGUUUUAUCUAUCACUGACUCAUAAUGCAUUAAUUUAUGUCCUUAAGUUGCCAUUCAAUUACAAUGUUGAUGGUACUUUGUUUCAUUGAUUAUAAUUGGGUAAGCACUCUAUAUACAGUAAUUUGUUUUGAACAAGACAGUUAUUGUGCCCAAGAUUGAAAAUUUGGUCUCUGUUUUAAUGCAUAAUAAUUUUUGAUGCUAACAAUCAGAUAUGCUCUCUUCACUUUACAUGCCUCAAUUUUAUUUCUUUAUCCUAACUUUCAGUUAAGUUUCUCAUAUAUUUGGAGAGCUUAAGGUUUGAAUAGGAGUAGAUUAUAAAGAAAACUGAAAAGACCACUGACAAGUGGUUUGAAGGCUCAAUUCUUUAAUUUUCUUUGUUGGUGUCUUUGUUUUUUGUUUUUUUUUUCUGCACAAAGGAAAUGAGGGACAUAAGUGAUUCAGACCUAGUCUUUUGUUUCAAGACUUAACGCUCUGUUUCAGGACUGUGAGCAUUGCUUCCUAUAUUAUUCGAUGUGAUUUUGAGUGUUUUCUGUUUGCUGCUCCUCGGACAUUUGAUUGAUUUUUAGGUGUGUCAUGUAAACUUUGUCAUAUUAGGAAACCUCAAGUAGCAAAAGAUAGCAGGAAAUAGUCUGAUUUCGUUUUGGUCAGGAAGUUUGGAAGGACUUCCAGGACCUGUUUUUUUUUUUUUUUUUUGUGGGAGGCAUUUAAGUUCCUAUUUACAUUUUCCCAUAUUAGUUGUUCUUCCCAUGAUUGAGUUCAAGUCAUGUUUUGAUGGCACUCCAAUGGGAAUGUAAUAAUAUUGGUGAACAUCCUAUUAUUAGAAGUUGUUUGAACUGAUUGCCUUUGGAUGAUUUAGUUGUCCUCAUCAAUGUUGUCCCAUGGUACUAUAAAUAGAAAAUGGCAUUUUUUUAAAGUUUUCAUUUUUGUCAUCUGCAAUCCUGUAUAAAGCUAUUACUUAAUGGUGUGAUUUUGUCAAUUGAAUUGUAUUUAAUGUAUUUUUAAUAACUGUUGGCCAUAACUGUUCUAACAUUUAAAGGGGACUUUAGCUGCCAGAAGUUGAUCAGUCCAUAAUAUUUGGUAAAGUGAUUACCUCCUUGCUGAACAGCAAUGCCACUGGUUUAGGUAGCAAGGUGCAUAAUUGGGGCCAAAAUGUAGUUCCCUCCAUUUUGUACACCAUGGGUGACAUUUGGGUCCGUGUUCAUAGUUAGUCUGGUCAACUUUCUUCUACUGUGUAUGAGUGCACAGCUAAACUAGUUAGAUGUUUAUUUUGAAGAAUUUAGUGGGGGAAACAUAUCCUUUUUCAAAGAAAUUUCCCAAAUUAUGCUGGACUAGGUCAUGGGAUCUUAUUCAGGAGUAACUACUAAAAAGUGACUUCUCUACCUGGUCCAUUGCUUCAUUGGGUUUGCAGUUCAAUGUGCAGUACUAUUUUCAUUUGUACUGACACUACGUGUCUGUAUUUGUGCAUACUGCGCAUGUUGUGAUAUCUCCCCCGAAAUCAAUUGUUCAAGUUGUUUGAAUGUAGAUGUUGUUGGCUUUCAGUGUAUUUAAUAAUAUUCAUAGACAAUAGUGUUACAUUAGAUGCAGUUGUUUUUUCUUCUGUUUUUGAAAAAAGUUUGAGUUCGUACUUUGAUUUUCUGUCUUGAUAAACUGGUAGUUGUACUAUGUAAUUGCCUUUGCUUCAAGAUUCAGCUUACUGGCCAGUUAUAGACAUUGUGGAAAGUGAGGUAGACCGAGGAAAUUUAAUUUGGAAACACCCUGUUUCCAUCAGUACAAUCACCUUGACUGUUGAUCCGUCCAUUGUAGUUAUAGGAUUUCCAGUGUUGUAUACAAAUCACCUGUCAAGAGUAUCAGUACGUGCCUACUCAUUUGUGCUGUUUUCUUUUCAUAAUAAUAUUCCGAACGCAGGUUGAGGAAAAGUUAUGAAAGUUUUCAUGUUGAUUUUGAAAAAAAUUUCUCUUAAUGCAGCUCAUUUUGUUAUUUCCUCAAUCGAAUCAAUUAAGGUGCUAUUGUGUCUGCUCGUGUAUAAGAUUUUAAAAAUGAAUUUUGAAAAAGAAACAAAAAAUAAAAUAAGUCUUUAUGUGCUUUGUCAGUGUCUAUAAAUGCAGUGCAAUUGUGAUCCAACCAUUCUGUAUGAUUACAAAAUUGAUGGACUGCUUAGCAGUCCCAGAGAGAAGAUGCAAGCAUGGAACUGUUGUAAUAACUUGAAAUAACUGAAUUUUCAAAACGUUUUGUCGCAUUUUCAUGUAUAACAGGGGUGUGAUGUUAGAUCUAGGUAGACUGUGAUGUGUAUUAUAAUUUUUCAAUGCUUCUGUGAAAUUAAUAAUGUAUCAAUUUAAGAGGUUUUUAAAAUGUGAAAUUUUCUACUCAUCGAAAAGUGCGGACGAUUUACCACUAAUUCAUUGUAAUACAAACUUGAUUGCUUUAGGCACCCCUUUUUUAUUCUUCCCCAUUUCAGAGUAACUUAACCAAAAUCUUGGGUUAUCAGCUGUCAUUUAUCAGUGCUAAUGUAGUCAUAGAUUUUAAUCUGAACUGAAAAUUGGCGCUGAAAGCAGGUGAAAGCUCAAAUAUGUGACCUGUCACUGUGUAUACACAUCUAAAGCAUAUGCUUGCAAGAGAAGCUUUUCAAGAUUUUAGUGCCUUUUAAUUUCUCAUUGUUGUGCUUAUUUAUUUCUAGGACCUAAGUAGAGCAAUAUCUUAAACUAUUUACUCUAUUGACACAGUACCUCCCUGAGGGAAGUUUAUCUUAGCUUACCAUUUGCAUGAAAUUUGGAAUUAAAAUUUCGACAUUCAAAAUUAUCAUCUGCUGUAGCCUUGUGUAAUCUCUUUGUAUAAUGUAUCUCUUCUAGAAAUGUUUUAUUGUCGUCUUUUCAAUUAGGCAUGGUAAUGCUUUCUUUUUAAAAAUUUCUACAAUUCUGUGGAUGUGUUGGGAUGGGCCAAAAAGGGGGAACGAAUCUGUAUGCCCAGGAAAUGAAGUUCUCUAAGAUCUCUGAGGAGAUGCUCAAGAGCAUUGUGAUCAUUAGUAUAUUACUUGUUCUUCUCCUCUGUCCUGAGUAUAGCUUCACGCUAUGUGUAUAUCAUGUCAAAAUUUUGGUUAACUUCCAAUUCAUAGUUCCAACUUCCUGCCUACUAUAUAAGUAUUUGCACUAAACAACUGUUCAAAAGGUAUAAAUUCCAUUGUUUUGUGUUUCAACUUGUGGGUAGAAAAAGACUGAUAACUUAGUGUUCAUUUAAAAGAAUACUGCUCAUCAAUCAAAAAGCACAUUUCACAUUUGCUCCUCGCCAUAGAAUUUGUCCAAAAUUCGCAACCCUGAACAUAAAACCUUUAAAUGCUCUGAGGAUUUGAGCAGUUGAAACUUGUCUUUUCGGUUCUGUUUGUUUGCAUUUGCACAAAAAGCAUGGUGGCUUGUAAAUUUUGAGCCAUUAAGGUUUACCUGUGACAUUUGUCAUAUAAUUUAAGAUGGGAGUUUGAUUCACUUCAAUAGUCAUGACCAGAAGAUUCUGAUGAUUGUAUUUAAGUUGUAUUGUACUCAGUUUCUCAUUCUUAUUUUUUUCCCCUUAGCAAACAUAAAAUUGAACUGAUCUUUCCUCAGAUAUAUGUACAUAUUACUUUUAUAAAGCGCAUAAUGACUAGGUACUAAGCUGUUGUGUGUUUUUAAUGGUAUUCAAUAGCACUGUGAUUGUUGGGAAGCUUUUACUUUGUUUUUAAAUUAUGAAUAUAGCUUUCUAUAGCAUAGUGUUUAUCAUUGUUUGUGCAUAGAUUACAGUAUCCUUAAAAUAAAGUGUAAAAAUGAUUUAA